AGCGAUUCCAGUGUGGAAGUUUUCAGACCACUACUACAGAAUGAGCGCUGACACCAACAGACAAUUCAGUGAGGAGUAUCAGGUAGCAAUGAGGAAACCAUGCUUGCUCUUCUGUUUGUUUUAUCCUGGUGUUGGUGUUAUGUCUCGUGUGUUUCAUAACCACAUCUUCACAACAAUUCAAUAAUGAUGAUAUGAGAGACAGGAAUUCAGUUUAACCAUGUAUAUGAACGUGCUCAUUUCAACACACAUAACUCCCAUGAUGCUCGGCGGCACAACUACGGUAAGUCUGGAGGUGCAAGUUGUACAACUGUAAUAGCCUAUAUAACAGUUGGUAAUGCAAAGUAGCUGGACGAUUGUCCAAUGUUGUUUUCCCUGUGAGUGUGAUUACAGUAUCAGAAUGGAUGUAUAGGCCUGUUUUGUCAUCUUGUAAUCCAUCUGUGUGUCUGUGCAUAAGCCUUCAGACGACUAAUUGGAGUAUGUUAACAUUAAUUCGUUUUUCUAUACAAUAUGCUCAAUCUAUGCUUUAUAUCUGUAUGCAGGACUUCAUCCCUGUUGGCACAGAGCAGACUCAAAGAGCAGCCCUUCUGGAGGAGAACAAGAACAAGAACCGCUUCACCAAUGUACUGCCAUGUAAGUGUACUCUGGCUGCUAUUUCUACACAUCAUAUGAACAACAUACAGUUGUGGAAUUCUUUGCAACAGUUGAACUUUGUGUCAGCCAAUUGACCAAGUAUAAUAGGGUGGAUCAGAUAACUAUGUCUGGAAUCUGAUGGCGUUGGCCUAAACACCCCACCUGCAGAUUUUAUACAGUUUGAGGUUUUGUGGGUUAUAUUCUCCAAAGUAAAGUUUGAUGGGACAAAACUCAUUAGUCAUUUUAAAUCUUCUCUCUCUCUCUCCAGAUGACUGGUGUCGGGUGAAGCUAACCACGAUAAACCACGACAUGAGCUCUGACUACAUAAAUGCGAAUUACAUGCCAGUAAGUACAGCAGCAUGUAAGUCUCAGAUUUCCUUAUACAGAUCACUGUCCAUAUCAAUCCUAGAGAUCCUACACAGGUAUUCCUACUGUGACUGCACCUCUAAAAAGUACUAGACUGAUCUACUAUACUGACAUAAACCUUGAUAGCCUACUUUAAAAGGCUUACUUAUGGAAAAGUAAGCCUCCCCCCCCCCCCCCCCCCCCCCCCAUGGUAAACAAAUAAACAUUGCGUAACACCAAAGGUACAAUUGUAAUAAUAUUAUAAUAUACUGAACAAAAACAUAAAUGCAAAAUGCAACAAUUUCAACGAUUUUAGUGAGUUACAGUUCAUAUAAGGAAAUCAGUCAAUUGAAAUAAAUAAAUUAGGCCCUAAUUUAUGGAUUUUCACAUGACUGGGCAGGGGCGCAGCCAUGGGUGGGCCUGGAAGGGCAUAGGCCCACCCACAUGGGAGAUCCAGCAAGGCCCAGCCAAUCGAAAUAUGUAUAUAUAUAUAUAUAUAGAUAUAUAUAUAUAUUUAUACACUACCAGUCAAAAGUUUGGACACACCUACUCAUUCAAGGCUUUUUCUUUAUUUUUACUAUUUUCUACAUUGUAGAAUAAUAGUGAAGACAUCAAAACUAUGAAAUAACACAUAUGGAAUCAUGUAGUAACCAAAAAAGUGUUAAACAAAUCAAAAUAUAUUUUAUAUUUGAGAUUCUUCAAAGUAGCUACCCUUUGCCUUGAUGAGAGCUUUCAGAUGAGAGCUGAGUUAUUCCCCAAAAAGGCUUUAUUGCAGACAUAAAUACUCCUCUGUUUCAUCAGCAGUCUGGGUGGCUGGUCUCAGACGAUCCCGCAGGUGAAGGAGCCGGAUGUGGAGAUCCUGGGCUGGCGUGGUUACACGUGGUCUGCGGUAAUACGGUGACCGUAUUACCGCCACAGCGGCGGUCAUAAUGGCAGUCAAAUUCCACAUGACCGUUUAGUCACAGUAAUUAGGCUUCUCCAAGCUCUGAUGCUGCUGAUGGUCCUUAGUAGCCUACCAAACUUGCCUGAUACUCAGCACUCUAUUGUCCCGCUAAUCACUCCGACAUCAAUGCAAAUGUGAUGGAAAAUAUAAACAAACACUUCAUGAGAGCCCAUGAGCUCAUGUUGUGCAACAUUUCUAUAGGCUAUGCAAUUGCAUGAGAAAACAGAGGGAUGGCCUCUAUUAAAAACAGGAGGAUCCCAUCAGGUUUCUAUAAGCUAGGGCUACUAUAUUUAUUUCUUAACUUUCCUAAUAUUAAGCACAUUGCUUCUCUUUAAAACAGGAGUAUAGCCUACCUGGCUGGCAUUCAAAUGAACCACGAGAAAAGCAUCCUCCGUUCGCUAUUUAAGUGCAUAGAUUACGUAUUUUUUUCAACUGCCCGUUUCGAGACAGGUGCAUGAUAAUGGUCCAUUCUAAAUCAAAACAAAUUUCACACAUAUUAUUUAGUAUAUGUAAAGACAAGAUUAAAUCAAGAAUAGUGUGAUGGGUGACAAUAUUAGCCUAUCACUUGUAACUGAUAUAUUAUCACUUGAUGAUGCCCAGCUUAAGGCAAACAGCGCAUGCUUUUUGUGAGUGACUUUUUCAAAUCAUAGUCGCACACCUCAUGUAGCCUAGCCCAUAGGCCUAUAUGUUUUGAUAAGGUUUGUAGCACAACUAAAGUGGCCAAAUAACUUCUUAAAAUGAAGCACAUUAAUCCGCUUUACAAUUGGUGUAGUCUAACUGGCACACAUAUGCAGCGCAUGAGUUUCAAGUUUGGGGAAGAUAAUUGUCACCAUAAAAAUGCACCUUUAUAAUAAAAGCAUUACAUGAAUAAUCGCAUUUACGGUCACUUUUGAGAAUGGUGUUUUCUAAUGGAACAUUCACGCUUAUAGCCUACUGCCGUGUGCGCAUUGCUGAGCUUAUAAUGUUAAGAAAUAGACUAAUAUUUAUCAACAUUUUAAGCUAAAUGUUCUCAUCUGUUGAGUCAGGCUCAUUGCUUAAAACAGGCUUUUUGAUGCUAGUGGUUUUAUUAAUUUGGGAUCUAUCGCAUCCCACAACUGUCCCAGACUAUGUUUGGAAUAUUUAUUUCUCACACGGAAUAGAAUAGGUCAACUUUUGUACUACGGGGAUAGUAGAUUGACAUAGGCUAGUGCUUUUGCUGUUCGUUAGGCCUAUUCAUCUUGUUGGCUGCCGAAAAGUAAAUGUGGACAGCUCUUGUAAUAUCUUCAAUAUGUGCCUCGGAAUUGGAUAAGGACGCGCGCAGUUGCGUCCCUGAUGUGUCUGUCUUCACUUGUAGCCUGUGAGAAAGACCCGAUCAUGGUUACUGAGAGCCAUGUGAGUGAGAGGUGCUUCGGCACGCAGCCGGGAGAAGGGAAUUAUAAUUAUUAUAUUCAGCCGAAGGGCACAACGGCCACUGACCGCAUUAUCAAGUGCUUCUCAAAUUGUGAAUGAGAGACUGAGAGACUGAUGAAGUGUGUACAGCCUGUGCAAAAAACAAAGCAGAGCUCAUGCCUUUCAUGCAACUUUUUUCAAAUCAUCAUUAGAGUCACAUCAUGCAGCCUUAGAAUGUAUUAAAAAUCAAAACAUAUAUACCAACAUUUGUAUCACAACUAAAGUUACAUAAAUAACCUGUACCUGUUUCUUUGUUAACUGCAGAAUAGCCGCAUGUGUGCACUCCCUCAAAUCGUUUGGAGAAAAUAUCCUUUCUAUUUUAUUCAGCUAUGUUCAAUUGUAUUCUUCAUACUAUAAAAUAAUAUAAAAUAAUGCAAUGGAAUUCUAAGCAAAUCUUGUCUGCUAAAUGAACUAGUGUAAACCACACUCAUAUGGCAUAGCCAGAUCAGGGCCUAACAUAAGGACAACUCAGAGUAUGCUAUUAUGUUCUUCUGAAAUAGACUACAUUUUCUUCAUAUCAUGUUUCUUUAGACCUGUCUAAAAUAAAUAAUGGAUUUAUUGUGAUGAUGUAGGCUAUAUUACAUAGAUGUAUUAUACUUUUUAAAUGUAGAUGUUCCAAAGGCCUGCAUCACUGGCUUGUAGGCUAUGCAUGGAAGCCAGGAGAUGCUAAAUGUGUUUAUGUUAAUUAAUGGUCAAUUACCAUGAGACUGGCAGCUACUUGCUUGACAAUCACCGGCUGACAAAAUUUCAUGACCGCCACAGCCCUAGUCUGCGGUUGUGAGGCCUGUUGGAUGUACACUAAAUUGUAUAAAAUGACGUUGGUAGAGAAAUUAACAUUAAAUUCUUUGGCAACAGCUCUGGUGGACAUUCCUGCAGUCAGCAAGCCAAUUGCACGCUACCUCAAAACUUGAGACAUCUGUGGUAUUGUGUUGUGUGACAAAACUGCACAUUUUAGAGUGGCCUUUUAUUGUCCCCAGCACAAGGUGCACCUGUGUAAUGAUCAUGCUGUUUAAUCACCUUCCUGUCAGGUGGAUGGAUUACUUGGCAAAGGACAACAUUUGAGAGAAAUAUGUGUUUUGUGCGUAUGGAACAUUUCUUGGAUCUUUUAUUUCAGCUCAUGAAACAAGGGACCAACACUUUACAUGUUGCAUUUAUAGUUUUGUUCAGUAGUUACUGGCAGUUGCCGCUAAACGGGCUUCAAUACUUCCCAACAAAACCCUUUAUGUCAAUUAUAAAUGUCAUAAUGUAAUAAUAGUACGAUAUCGCUGAUUAAUAUGAUGCCUUAAAAGGACUACAUACACCUAUAAAUGUUUACACAAGUUGUGGCUGUGAUAUAUUGAUUAGUGAACCAUAUGAGUCAUUUUAAAUUACUAUAAAUACAAUAGGUGUGUUUUGUUAACCAUGAUGCUUUCUGUUUCAGGGCUACGGUAACAGCAGACAGUACAUCGCUGCACAGGGUCCCCUGCCCGCCACCAUCAAAGACUUCUGGAGAAUGAUCUGGGAGCAAAGGGUAAAGGGCGUGGUCAUGGUAACCAACUGCACCGAAAGAGGGAGGGUGAGUCCUGUGUGUCUUUAAUGUGCUUUGCAUUAUGUGUGGUUUUGUGUGGAGAAUGUGGGGAUAUCACAGAUAAACAGUGAUGUAGUCAUAUAAAUAGAAUAACUAGAAUGGGCAAACCCCCUCAGACCAUGGCAAUUUGACAGAUAAGAUUAUAUUUACUGUAUUUCUAUUGAUUAAAUUGCCUAGUCUCCAUGGCUGUCUCUCUCUUAGACUAAAUGUGAGCAGUACUGGCCUCUGGACUACACCCCGAGCCUGUACGGAGACCUGUUGGUCACAGUCACAUCCGAGAAGAGAGAAACCAACUGGACACUGCGGGAGUUUGUGGUGAAAAAUGUGAGCACUAUGCUUUAUCUCCUCAUAUGAAACCUGGGACGUUUUAAGUAGGGCACGCAUAUAGCAAAUCGUUUUGGAAACUAAAAUCCAUUGCAAAACAUUUUCUCUCUUAUGAACACAACCCUAGACAAGGUUUUUAGUGCGUGCCCUGCUUACAAUACAAUACAAUUUACCUGUGUGAAUGUCGCCUCUGCCACUAGUUGAAAUUCUUCUCUUUCUUUCAGAGAGACACAUCUGAGGAUCGCCUUGUGAAACACUUCCACUUCACGGCCUGGCCAGACCACGGAGUCCCAGAGGGGACAAUGACUCUGAUCCAGUUCAGAGGGCUGGUCCGGCAGCACAUAGAGAGCCAGGAGGACAGUGGACCCACUGUGGUGCACUGCAGGUAAUGUUACAGUACUGACAACACCCAGCCAUUACUCUAUACAGAGAAUGCAAAAUAGGGAUAGAUAGGGCUGUACAUAUGGCAACCAUAUAAUUAGGAAUUAGAAUACUAGAAUGGACAUGAACCUUCUUAUGAUGGGAUAAAGGUCAGCCAUUUUGGCCAGUGUUGUGAUAAGAUAAUGUAAAAUAAUGAAUUUGAAUAUUUUAUCUGCACUGUAUGUUAGCUAGCUAGCCAGACAGUUUUAGAGGAAUGAUUCCAUACAUUUAUCAAAUGAACUGCCAACAGGUUGUUAUCAAUAAAACGCCACAAUACAUGCAGAGCAUUUUAAUUUGGCAAGGAGCCCCCAGCUCCGCUAAAACAAUUGACAACUAGCUACAUGCGGUUUUCAAGAGAUUGUUAAAUAAAUGUUACUUUAACAUCAUCACCUCUUGAAGAGCAUAGUCAGAACUACACAUUUCCAAUUAUUUUCCACAUGUAGCUUUAUCAUCAUAGUUAUACAGCAAGUAACUGCAUGCUUUUCAUGAUCAGUAAACAUCAAUUGAUCAUGUAAUUUCAGAUAUGUGAGGGUAGCCUAUCCAUUUGGCAUGUAGCUAGCUAGCUAGCAAAGCAAACAACAUGUGCCAUUUAGCUUGCUUCAUCAGAGAUUAGGCUUUUGGAAAGAGCUUGAUAUCGGCAAGUCCUCAUCCUGGUAAAGUCAGUCGCACUUCUGUCAUCACCACUAUAGAUGGCAAGCAAAUCAAACAAUAUUUGGAUAUAGCCAUCUAGUCAAUCCCCUGAAAGUUAGCUUGUUAACUAGCCGUAUUGAUGUGAUCUGUUAUUAGCUAGCUAGCUAGCCAAUUUGACAUGGUCCAUAAAUCAAUGUAGCCUAUUAGGACUGUCAGCAGCAAUCUUGAUUAAACACUUAAAAACAAUGUUGAAAAGGGGAUAGAUAGCUAACUUCACUAGGUAGGCCUACGUUGGUUGGAGAAAAAAGUACAUUAAGUCUACUUACCACUAUGUUUAGCCAACUGUACAACAUUUCUACUGGUAGCUUGCAAAGUAAACAUUAUCAGCUAACAGUACAUCGGCAAAUGCGCCCUUCUGCUGCUUGACAGGCAGAGCCCACAAAGGAUGGGAAAUUAACCUAAACCAUACCAUGCAGGUAUUUUAUUUUAUAUCACUCAAAUAUCCAAUUAAUGGUGGCCAAUAUUUACAUUUACAUUUAAGUCAUUUAGCAGACGCUCUUAUCCAGCGCGACUUACAGUUAGCGAGUGCAUACAUUUUUCAUACAAUAUUGGGAGAUAUCGUAAAGCUAUUGAUGUUUACUGAUCAUGAAAAGCAUACAGUUACUUGCUAUGUAACUCUGAUGAUAGAGCUAAAUGUGCGCAAUUGUUUUGCAUAGAGGUGAUGAUAUUACAACCAAAUAGUUAACAUUUAUUUAACAAUCCCUUGAAAACAGCACACAGUUGUCAAUGGUUUUAGCGGAGCUGGGGAUCAAGGGGCAGACAAAUCGAACGCUCUGCAUCUUGUGACGUUUUAAUGAUAACAACCUAUAUGCCAACAUUCCAUUCAAACAAUGCAGUCAAUCCACAGCCAUACACUGGCUGAAAUCAGUUGAUGAUAGGACUUAGACAAGUUGUAAAUGCAACAAGUCUGAUAUUGUAUCAUAUAAUAUCACUCACGGUUUUCCAAGAAAACAAAAAUGUUGAUAUUUAUGGUCUGUUUACAUAUAUUUUAGAGGCUAUUUAUACAGAAACGUUGUAUACACUGUAUUUAUAGUUAUAUGACAAUAUUUUUGUUUGACAAUAAUUAUAUUACACAAUUUCUGAUAUAUCGCAUGCCUUACUUUUAUUUUCCUGCCUAAGUAAAAUCAGGAUUAUGUCUCUACUGCCAUUCAUUCCAAUUAGACUGGUUUGGAUUUCUCCCUGACCAAUAUGGCUGCCAUUUUAAACCCCUUCUGGAACUUUGGGGGUUUAUGACGUCCCCUAGUAAUUUGAUAGGAUCUCUAUGGUGGCAACCCUAUUGAGGUGUUCCAGGAAUGCAACGUUAACCAAUAAGUGAGGUGUUUGUUGAAGUAUAGGCCUAGUUUCAGUUUGUCUCUUCCUUGAACAGGAUUAUUCUGUGCUCUAUUUUAACAUGCUGUACAGUGUAUUCGGAAAUUAUUCAGACCCCUGGACUUUUUCCACAUUUUGUUACGUUACAGCCUUAUUCUAAAAUAGAUGUAAUUGUUUUCCCCCCUAAUAAAUCUACACACAAUACCUCAUAAUGACAAAGAAAAAACAGGUUUUUGGAAUUUUUUGCAAAUUAAUUAAAAAAAAACCCCUGAAAUUUCAAAUGUACUUAAGCAUUCAGACCGUUUAGUCAGUACGUAGUUGAAGUACCUUUGGCAGCGAUUACAGCCUUGUGUCUUCUUGGGUAUGACGCUACAAGCUUGGCACACCUGUAUUUAGAGAGUUUCUCCAAUUCUUCUCUGCAGAUCCUCUCAAGCUCUGUCAGGUUGGAUGGGGAGCGUAGCUGCACAGCUACUUUCAGGUCUCUCCAGAGAUGUUCGAUCGGGUUCAAGUCCGGGCUGGACCACUCAAGGACAUUCAGAGACUUGUCUAGAAGCCUCUCCUGCGUAGUCUUAGCUGUGUGCUUAGGGUCGUUGUCCUGUUGGAAGGUGAACCUUCGCCCCAGUCUGAGGUCAUGAGCGCUCUGGAGCAGGUAUUCAUCAAGGAUCUCUCUGUAAUUUGCUCCGUUCAUCUUUCCCUCGAUCCUGCCUAGUCUCCCAGUCCCUGCCGCUGAAAGAAAUCCCCACAGCAUGAUGCUGCCACCACCAUGAUUCACCGUAGGGAUGGUGCCAGGUUUCCUCCAGAAGUGACGCUUGGCAUUCAGGCCAAAGAGUUCAAUCUUGCUUUUAUCAGACCAGAGAAUCUUGUUUCUCAUGGUCUGAGUUCCUUGGGUGCCUUUUGGCUAACUCCAAGCGGGCUGUCAUGUGCCUUUUACUGAGGAGUGGCUUCCGUAUGGCCACUCCACCAUAAAAGCCUGAUUGGUGGAGUGCUGCAGAGAUGGUUGUCCUUCUGGAAGGUUCUCCCAUCUAAACAUAGGAACUCUGGAGCUCUGUCAGAUUGACCAUCUGGUUCUUGGUCAACUCCCUGACCAAGGCCCUUCUCCCCCGAUUGCUCAGUUUAGCCGAGCGGCCAGCUCUAGGAAGAGUCUUGGUGGUUCCAAACUUCUUCCAUUUAAGAAUGAUGGAGGGCACUGUGUUCUUGGGGACCUUCAAUGCUGCUGAAAUGUUUUGGUACCCUUCCCCAGAUCUGUGCCUCGACACAAUCCUAUCUCGGCGCUCUAUGGACAAUUCCUUCGACCUCAUGGCUUGGUUCUUGCUCUGACAUGCACUGUCAACUGUGGGACCUAAUAUAGACAGGUGUGUCCCUUUCCAAAUCAUGUACAAUCAAUUGAGUUUACCACAGGUGGACUCUAAUCAAGUUGUAGAAACAUCUCGAAGAUGAUCAAUGGAAACAGGUUGCACCUCAGCUCAAUUUCGAGUUUUAUAGCAAAGGGUCUGAAUUCUUAUGUAAAUAAGGUAUUUCAGUUUUUUAUUUUUAAUACAUUUGCAAAAACAUCAAAAAACCUAUUUUCGCUUAGUCAUUAUGGGGUAUUUAUUUUUCUGUUUUAAUACAUUUUUGAAUAAGGCUGUAACAUAACAAAAUGUGGAAAAAGGGAAAGGGUCUGAAUACUUUCCGAAUGCAAUGUAUAUUACUCUGUCCCUCAGUGCUGGCGUGGGGAGGACAGGCACCAUCAUUGCUCUGGACGUGAUACUACAACAGCUGGAGAGGGAGAGGGCAGUCGGCAUCGCUGCCUUUUUGCACAAGAUGAGGCUGAGUCGACCGCUCAUGAUUCAGACAGAGGUAAGGCCUGAGUUAGCCUAAUACAGAUGAUCACCUGAUCAACACCAGAUACUACCCUAAAACAUAGGCAAUAUCUUUUGAUUGACUAAAGGUUUGAUUAAAAAUUAAUAUAUGACUCAUGAGGCUAAAUUUGUGGCUUAUCCUUGCCAUUUACACUCUUUCAGUCGCAGUAUAUUUUCCUGCACCAAUGCAUCAUGGAUUCUCUGCAGCCCAAAGAGAAGAUGAUGCAAGAGGCCCUGUAUGAGAACUCGGACAUGAUCUACGCCAACAGCAUGGCACUGAGGCAGUUUCACGCUACCAAUCCA